UCUUUGGGUUUCUGGGCCGCAGUAGUUUUCAUGGCCCUGCAAAUUAAAGUGGAAGCUUCAAGAUGCCGCUGAAUCAUCCAUCCUGCAAGAUCUACCUCAGCAUCGGUUGAGAAGCACCUAGUAAAAGCUCAGGCCUAGGUGACCGACCCUUUCUCAGUGCUUCCGCGAACUGUCACCCUGAUCUGACGGCCAGAGACGGGGCUCUGCCACCUGGCGCAAUGGCAUUCGCUGGGAAGUCAAGUGCGCCAGCCUCGCCACGGAGUGCCAAGAAGGGGGUGACCCAGCCAUACAUUGCGGUGCCCGUGGAAAAGCUCGAAAAGCAGAAGCUGAAGCUUAAGCGGCUCAAAGCGGAGACGAGCGAGCUUGAGACGCAACUAGAGGCGGCUCAGAAAGACGCGGAAGCGCUGCCGGCAGCUCAGGAGGCGUGCGCACGCGCGGAGAAGCAGGCUCAGCAACUGCAGGAAAAGCUCGCAGAAUCGCUGCGAGUGGCAGAGGAAAAGGCCGCGCAGCUCAAGAGAGUCGAACUAGAGCGGGAUGGACUGAAGCAGCGGCUAAAGGAAGCGAGGGAGCAGAUCCGAGCGGGGGAAGAAGCGCAAGCGGAGUUGCAGGAGGCGAACGAGGCGUGGGAGAAACGGCUAGAGGCAUCGGAGAAAGAGCUAGUAAGGGCUCGGCUCCGUGAGAAGGAGCUCGAGAGAACAGAGGAGGACAACGCGGCACGUGCCAAGCAGGUGCGGCUGCAGUGCUUCUAUUUGCUGGCGCGGUAUGCCCGGGGGGCGGCCGCCCGAGCGGAAGCGGAAGAGCGGGCGGAAGAAACGGAACGGCUAGCGACUAAGAAACAGGCGGAACUGCAACUAGACUAUGAAAGACGACUGGCGCUUGCUAAGGAGGAGUCCAACCGGGUCUGCUCCAGUCUCGAGGACGAGCUCUCUU